UCUCAUUCUUGAUUCUGUUGUCAGAGCAAAAGCCAUGUCUGCUGCGCUGAGUGAGCUUGUUGCCAAAGCGUUGAGCGCUGCGCCUGGGCUCGACGGUCGCGACGCCGCCCUCCGCCUCGCCCAGUUUAUUGCAGAAGACACAUCCCGCCUCACUACCCUGGUCGAGCACCUUGCGCCGCAACUCACGGCGUCCGCUGGCGAUCUGCGAAUCCGCGGCACGCAGCUCCUUGCCAAUGUGCUCAAGGCGGUCGAUCGCGAAAACCCAUCCUCCGUCCCGCUCGCGCGAGUGCUGCCCAUCGUGCAGAUCGAGCUGCUCGUCGCAUUCUUUAUCGACAGACUGCGCGACUUGCCGUGUGUCCCGCAUGUUCUCGACGCGCUGACUACGCUGGCCUCUGAGACCAACUUGAGCAAAGAGCACAUUCUCAGCAUUCUUCGAACCAUGUUCGCAGAAGUGCACGUUCCAACCCUGCCAUUCGGGGCUCGCUACGCGGCCCUCAACCUGCUCCUUGUGAUUGUGCAGCGCUACCUGGGAUUUGCACAGACGGCCGGCGCCGAUUUUGUCUACGGGCUUGUUCAGGCCAUUGACGGCGAAAAGGACCCUCGCAACCUGCUGCUCGCCUUCAAACUCCACGUCCUCGCCAUCCGCCACUUCCCGUUCAACAUGUUUGUGGAGGACCUGGCAGAGGUCGUGUCGGUGUACUUUCCAAUCACCUUCUCUCCGCCGCCCAACGAUCCUUACGGCAUCACUCGAGAGGAGCUGGUGCUCGCGCUGCGCGACUGCUUUGUCGUGUCCCCGCUGCUCGCACCCUUCCUCCUUCCAACUAUUCUCGAAAAGCUGGCCUCCACCAGCGCCAAGGUUCAAUCCCUCCAGACGCUCACUGCCUGUGCGUCUGCCUUUGGCAAGGUCGGCCUCGCGCCCUUCUUGCUGGAGAUUGGAACCCAAUUGCGCGGCGAAAUGUUCCACACUGGUGAAGAAGACGUCGAAAAGGCAAUUUUGGAGACGAUGACGGCCAUCUCCCGAGUGAUUUCUAGCGGUCAAGACCAGUCGCUGUUUGUGACCUUCAUGCAGCCCAUGAUUGUUGAAUGCGCGCGUCACCUGAAAGAACCCGAGCUGAAGCUGGCACAUCCGAGUGCCUCACUCUUGCAAGCGGCAGCAGUGGCGAGCAGUUCCGCAUGCGAGUUUGUUCUCCUCAACUCCAUUCCAAUGCUUUCGGAGCAAUAUAAUGCUGCCACAGAUGUCACAGUGAAGCGUGCCAAUCUCGAUCUGCUGCUUGGUUUCUUGAAGGCGUCGAAGAGCCUGCAAGUGACCAACGAGCAGCAUCCCCUGGCGACGUACAGCUCCGUGCUUGCCUCCAUCUUUCAAAGCGCAGUCUCGCACGAGCACCCGAACGUUCGCUGCGCUGGCAUCACCGGCCUUGUUGGAUUGCUCAUUGUCCAGGGCGUAGCCACUGCCGAACAGAUUUCGUCGAGCCUGUCAACCUUUUUGCGCUUGGCCACGUUGGAUCUCGAACAAAUUGUUCGCACUCAGGCGACAGCCGCGCUGGCGGUGACGGUCAAUGCCGAAGUUGCAGAUUUGGUGCUGACCUCACUCUCAGAGUCGCUCACGACCGUGACGCUCGAGCAAGCUGCAGCUCGUAAACAGCUCUGGGUCAUUCUCACUGAGAUUUCAAACACGCCGCCUCUCCUUCGCCGCACAGCGCCCUUGUUCUUGAAUCAGCUGCAGACGCUGCUGGCCAGUGCCGUUGCGAUGCCGAUGGACACGUCGACCACUUCGUCGCCCUCGGCCGCAGCAUCAUCGUCGCCCGAGCAAGUCGAGUUUGAGGUUGUCCUCGAAUCAGUGGCCAACAUUGUCGCCAAGGGUGCGUCGCAACAGCAAGAAGUCGCCCUCCGUCCGUCGACAUUGGCAGAAACAAUCCUUUUGCCCGUGCUGAGCCUCGCUUUCAGUCUGUCUGCCGAGCCAGGAACAUUGGGUGGUGUUGUUUCUACCAACCAGUCAGUUGUUGAAACGCUGGCACGCAUUGUGCGAAACAUUGUUUGUGCCGCCUCGGUUCAAGAUUGCUCGUCGCAACUCUCCACUGCUGUGCAAACCGCUUUUGCGGCUCUCACUGACCCGACCACCUCGCCCAUUCGAUCGGUGGAUGUGAAUGCCGCGACCUCCCGCAAGAUUCUUGUGGCUUCGGCAGUUCUCUGCUGUGGCCCGCGUGAGCUUGUCCUGUCACUUCAAUCGGAUUUCGCUGCAAUGCUGCCUAAAAUCACUCUGCUGGCACUACAUUCGCCCGAUGCGGACACUCGGCGUUAUUGCUGCAUGAUGGCAGGAGCAAUCAUCAACCAUUUGGAAGAUCAAGACCUGUCCAAGCAUGUUGAAACUGCUCUGCUCCCGCAGCUCGAGCAACUUUUGCGCGCUGCCUGCACCGCUGCCCCUGCAACAGCAGCGCAAGACCAGCAACAGCGAGCUGCGCUGGCACUGUGGAUUUGGAUUACCAAGGCUCUCUUCAUCCGCGGGCAUGCCCUUGGAGACCGCAUGGUUUCGCUGCUGCUGACGGACUGUGUUCGAGCUCCGCUCUUAGCAGACGUCGCUGCCGCCCCUUCCUCCUUUGCCCAGCAGGCUGCGGAAAGCAUGCAUACCAUUUUGACGGACAGCGAAGAAGUAUUGAGCAAGCGCACGCGAGCAAACUUCCGGAUCAUGUACAAGCAGCGUCUCUUUACAUCCAAGUCGGCCUUGAUUGUCCAAGGCUAUGCCGCGACAGAUGAUGAACACAAGCAAUUCUAUCUUACAGCCCUUUCGCACAUGCUCCAGAACGUCCCCAAGCAGGUUUUGCUGACAGAGCUGCCUUCGCUGCUGCCUCUUCUGUUCCAGUCGCUUUCACACGCGAACGUGGGCCUGCGACUCUCAACCAUCAACUCGGUCUAUCUCCUUUUGUUUGAUGCUCCUGCGCUUCUCGCUUCGCACACCCCCACGCUGAUCAAGCACAUGAUGGCGCUCUCGACGUCUCCGGAUUCAAUGAAACUGCGCAUUGCGGCGCUGCAAUGCUUGGGAUUGAUGGCAACCGCGCUUCCCGCACAAGCAACCUUCCCCAGCCGAAAUGUCGUCGUAUCCGGCUUGGCGAAGGCUGUGGAUGACCCCAAGCGCCUUGUUCGUGUUGAAGCAGUCAAGGCACGCAACGAAUGGUACUUGCUAGUCAAGUCGACCAAAGGCUGAGCAGCUGUUGCUUGUGCUUUUUGAUGGUUUGUGCUUUUCUUGUUUUGAUUGAUAAUGCAUCAACCCCCGCUGAUCAACAAGUACAAGCAAAUUAACAAGGGA